AUGGCACGGGCUAGGGAGGAAGCAGGGGACAGCCAGCUGGUGUCUGGUAGGGAGCCAUCCUCACGUAUCAUCAGAGUGACUGUCAAGACGCCACGGGACAGCAAGGAAUUCUGGCUGGCAGAAAAUAGCAACGUCCUCCGCUUUAAGAAACAAAUCUCCAAAUACCUUCACUGUGAUACUGACCGAUUGGUGCUCAUCUUCACUGGGAAGAUCCUCCAGGAUCAAGACAUACUGAGCCAGCGCGGCGUUCUUGAUGGCUCUACAGUCCACGUGGUAGUGAGGACUCGCUUGAAAGGGUCAGCCUGCACACGGACUCUGGCAGGCCCCACAGGCCACAGGACCCACCGUUCAGAACCACUGGCCUCUGACAGUGCUAGGGUGCUAGCCAGGCUGGGUCGCCUGGCCCGGCGCUCACCUGACCUAGCUGAUUUCUUCAGCCAGCUUGUCCAGCUGCUGACAUCAGCACCAGAGUCUUUGGUGAAAUUCUUGGAAGAUCCUCUGAUUCAAGGAUUGGCAAAUGCGAAACAAGCCAAUGGCAUGCGCCUUCCGGAAUCCUCAAAGAAGACACAGAAACGAGACUCGGAAACCUUUCAGAAGCCUGCGCGACAGCAGGAGGUCCUGCAGAAACACAAGCACAGGCUAGCAGCCCCGAAAGCUGUGCCAGGAGGCGACAACGCUAUGCGUCCCGGAUUCUCUGAUAUCCAGCAGAUCAUGCUCUCCACUCUGGCCUUAUUGGCGGCCUCUAAAGGCCACCUUCCAGGCUCAGAGCUGUGUAGAGGGGAAGCCAACAACGCUCACUGCAGUUCUGAUCCUACCGUAACCUCUGCUCCCGUCAGGACCUUGGCACAGGAGGUUAGUACAGGAGGAGUUACCCAGGUCAAGGGCAUAGUUUCAAGUCAGGCGAGUUCACGGUGCCGACCUGGUACACUAGACUUACAACCAGAUGCAGAUCUCCCCUCCCAAGAGAGCCUGCAGCCGGUGGAGAAAGACCCUGUAAGCAGUCAGCUCUCGCUGCUUGUCCUGUGCCGAGCGGUGAACGUCCUGCAGCAGAUUUCAGUUCUGCUCCACCAGCUGGCAACUGGCAGCCCCCUGCUCCAUCAUAUACCACUUCUCCCCGCCCUCACCAACCCUCGGGUGCUGCAGGCGUUGCUACAGAUAGAACAAGGCCUACAGACGCUGUCCAGGGAGGUGCCUGAGCUGGGACUCUUCUUGAGAGGUUCAGCUAAACCACGUGGGGCUAGAGGAGUCUCAGAAACCAGGGGAAGAAGACAAGCCCACAGAGAAGACGCCACGCAACACUCCUUGGCUCUUGAGCUCUUCCGGUCCUCGGCCAACACCUGUUCCCAUUCUACCCAGAGCGAGCUGUCCUCCAACCUCCUCACCGAAAGUGACUACCAGCAUGAACUGCAGCAGCUGGAGGCCUUGGGCUUUUCCAACCGCGAUGCAAACCUGCAGGCACUGAUAGCCAUGGAUGGAGAUAUCCGCGCUGCCAUUGAGAUGCUUCUAGGGGAUCCGCAGGUCUAG